AUCGGUGAGGCUGAGAGUAAAUUCACUACAAAAACUGAGCGUCCCCUCCCCCACCCCCAGCAAUUGUUUUCUCAUUUGAUCCUAUAUUCAUUUGCUUUCCCCCCGUUUCUUCGAUCUAUUUCUGGUAAUCAUCUAGGUUUCUUUGUGUUUGAAUGGUUUUUAUUGAUUAUUCAGACAGAACAUCCAAGCUUAUGAAACUGUGUCUUUAUUUGAAUUAAUCUUUUUAUUUUUCAUAGAUUUAGCCGAGGGUAAUUUUUAAAAACCCCUCUUUCGGAUCUAACAGGUUGCUUAUUUCAAACCUUUUCGAUCCAUUUUUAUUCUCUUGAAUUUUCUCGAAAAAACCCUGUUCUUUACUUUUGAUAAGAAACAGGUGAAUAUUUUCGGAUUCAAUUUUUUUAUUUCUCUUUAGAAAAAAUCUACAAAAAAAUCAUAAUGGAAGCUGCUAUGAAUAUGUACAGUAGCAAAACGUUUCACCAAUCAGAUACGUUUGGUGGUGGUGAACUCAUGGAAGCGCUUGUACCUUUUAUCAAAAGCGUUUCCCCCUCUUCUUCUCCUUCCGCGUCUGCGUCUGCGUUUAUUAAUAACCCCGCAGCGUCUGCGUUUUCUCUUCCUACCUUCCCCGGAUACUACCCGGAACAACACUUCAUGACCCAACCGUUUACAUACGGGUCGGAUCUUAACCAAACCGGGUCACUAAUCGGGCUAAACAACCUCUCUUCUACACAAAUCCACCAGAUCCAAUCUCAGAUCCACCAGAACCAUCCUCUUCUCAGACCAAAGCCUAUACUCAUGAAGCAACCAGGAGUCGCCGGAUCUUGUUUUCCGGCGAAGCCGACGAAGCUGUACAGAGGCGUGAGGCAACGUCACUGGGGCAAAUGGGUCGCUGAGAUCCGUUUACCGAGAAACCGUACCCGUCUCUGGCUUGGAACGUUCGACACGGCGGAGGAAGCUGCCUUGGCUUACGACAAGGCGGCGUAUAAGCUGCGCGGCGAUCACGCCCGGCUUAACUUCCCUAACUUACGUCACAACGGUUCCCACAUCGGCGGCGAGUUCGGCGAGUACAAGCCUCUUCACUCGACGGUCGACGCCAAGCUCGAAGCUAUUUGUCAGAGCAUGGCGGAGGAGACGGAGAAAAAGGGUAAAGCCACGACCAAAGCUCCGACGAAGAAACGUGUCUCGGCGGUGAAGAAAACUGAGAAGGUUUCGUCGCCACCGCCGGUGACGGAGGUGGUUGAGUCCGCCGGAUCUUCGCCGUUGUCGGAGUUGACUUUCGCCGACACGGAGGAGCAGCCGCAGUGGAACGAGACGUUUUCGUUGGAGAAGUGUCCGUCGUACGAGAUAGAUUGGGAUUCGAUUCUGUCUUGAUCAGUUUGUGUUUGGUAAGAGUAGGGGUAAAGUAGGAAUUUCAGAAGCUGUCUGCAAUGGAGUUUUUUUGGAAAUUGCAGAGAGGGGCUUGUUAGAUUAAUUAGGGGGUUAAUCUCGUAUGUUAAUAUUAUGGUUUGUAUUAAUCUCUCUGUGUCGGUCCAGCUGCGGUUUUUUGUCAUGCUCGACCAUGCCACAGAUUUCUUUUUAUGUAAUUUUUUGUAUUGUUUUUGUCUAUGUAAUUUCUAGCUUCAUUUGCUAAAUAUUAAUGCGAUGUUUUUAGUUUUUUAGGAAAAUAAAAUCGCCUCAUAUAUUGACUAUGCUGUUUGUGUG